GCCAGGGCGACGCGCCAGCCCCGCGCCCGCGCGCCGCCGCCGGGAGCGCCAUGGGGGCCGUGCCGCGCUCCGCGCGCCCGCUGCAGCUCACGCUGGCGCUGCUGAAGCCCGACGCCGUGGCCCACCCGCCGGUGCUGGAGGCCGUGCACGAGACCAUCCUGAACAACAAAUUCCUCAUCGUGCGGACCAAGGAGCUGAUGUGGAGAAGGGAAGAUAGCCAGCGAUUUUACCAGGAGCACUCAGGGCGAUUUUUUUAUCGGAGGCUGGUGGAGUUCAUGACCAGUGGCCCAAUGCGGGCUUAUAUCCUAGCACAUGAAGAUGCUGUUGCACGCUGGAGGUCUCUCAUGGGACCCACAAAAGUGUACCGAGCCCGAAAUACAGCUCCAGACUCCAUCCGGGGAGCCUAUGGCCUCACGGACACGAGGAACACCAUACAUGGCUCAGCAAGUCACCGAUGAAAAUGCGGGAUCAGUCCCCUGGUGUGACGAUGAUACCAGCGCUCUGACAUUGCAGUUUUACACACGUUCACGUUAGAAUUGCUGUGAAUGUUCAGCCUUACACAGCCCACGCAGAUGCCAAUUUCACCUCAACGAGCAACCUCUAAAGUGUUUCCUUCCUUUCCCAAAUGCAAAAUUUACACCUAAAAAUUGCACUGGCCUAGCGCCUAAGAUGGCCAGGUUGGGUCCUGCUCCAGCGAGCCCAUUGGAAAGUGGAGCUUCUCAGCUGUCCAGGGCGAUAAAAAGCACUUGCUUCUAGUUCUGGGAAAUCCCUGGAGAUGGGUUACUCUACAUGUGGCAGUUUUAUGUAAAGAAUACUUAUUUCAAUCUCAGCCCGCCCGGGCAGCUCAGGGAACAUCUGGGCUUCACAGCAGGAAGGAUUCACGCAAUAGUCCCAUGAAAACAAAAUCUAGUGCACAUGUGGUGUGUGAUUUUCGAAGGCCAGUAAGUCAGGCAUAUCUAACACAGCUUUUGCAAGGACAAACAAGCGCCAGUUUUCUAAACAAAGGCUAUUCCCCUGCCAAAUUGCACCUCCUACUGUCAGUCCUCUCAGUUCUAGAACUCUACAGACUAUCAUAAAACAAGCUCUCUAUAAUGGGGAAAAUGUACUUCUUUGCCCUCCUCCUAAUCAAAAAUGACUUUCCAGAAUGACUCUCCCUCAAAACUAGCCCAAACCUGGAAAAAUUUCAGCCUUAAAAAUGUGGAAGUUCAGAAAAUUCAGAGUGUUUGAAAACAGAUUGGACUGGAAAAGUUUGUGCAGCCUAAACUCUAGCUGUGACCACCACAAGCAGACUGUAGAGGUUGGAGUCACGCACUCAAAUGUGCAGCCAUGUGAAUAACUAGCACUGAUCAUGCACAUUGCCUGCCCACUGGUCCUCUUGCCCACUACUUCCCCUUCCCUAGUGGAUCUGCUGCUAAAAACCCUGAGGAGUGUCACAUGCUGCUAUUUUGCCCUUAAAAGAAAGCAAGUCAAUGACGUGUUUCCUUCUUAUCCUAAAUGUGGAGGCAGUAUGGGGAGAAUUCCAAAAUUACACUGGGCCAAGGGGAAAGAUAGUAUUGAGCCCUGGACCAGCGGCGGAGCUUAAAGUCUGCGUCUUGAAGCCCAGCAUGGUUAAGACAGGUGCUACACACUGAAAAAGGGAGAUUCCCACCUUCCCAGGAGGACAUAAGUCUUUCGGCCUGGAAGAGGCAGAGAUACUGGCUCUUCAUAUCGAUCCCAUUUUGAUAAUUUUUGGAGGUUUUGAAAACUUGGUAGUUCUCAUUUCUUCCUCUUUCUGGGCCCUGCCAAUGGGAUCGUGGUGCUAAGACUGAUGCUGAGUCCACAGGAGGAAGGAAUAGGAAUGAGAGCCAACACAAAGGGCGUUGUGAGCUAUAUAGCUUGUACUGGUACUCAGAAGUAAUGCAGCCAUCCCAGACAUGUUAAGGUGAGAAAUGCACAAUUAAGGCACCUAAACAAACCUAACUGUACCCCGCAGUGACAUCAGGCAAUAACCAUAAGAUUUUGAUUAAGGCAGGUCAGUGUUUUUGGUUGCAGAUUAGACUAAAUUGAUUUUUAAAGACGAUUUUUCCCCCCUAGUUAUGUCUCUCCAGGGCAGAGCUAAGGGCCUUUAGGUGCCUUAACUGUGCAUUCCUUUAAGUGUAUCCUUAGCUCUGAAAUCCCUUGGGGUUCUAGUAUCUAAUUUUGAGGUAACUACAACCUCCAUGUAAAGUUCUGUAUCUUAAUAUUACUGUGGCCAAUGAUCACAACUUGAUUACUUUCAAUCUAGGCAAACAGAGGACAGCCCCAGCUGUUAAUACACACACUACUUCCAAAUGGCUCAUUUCCCAAAACUGAGGAAGUUAUGAGUGACAUUGAGUAGAAAACCAAAAUUAGACAGAAAAAUGUGCAUGAAACUUAAAAGUUGUUUAAGAAGGAUUUGUUAGAUGAAGAAACAGGCAUGAUUCCACAAUCAAGACUGAGGACAACUUUAGCUAAAGUCCAUCCUGUUUCAGUGGGGAAGUGAAGACAGCAAUUAGAAAUAAAAAGCCACAUAACUGUGACAGAUUUUGUCACAGAGACCCCCUUGGGACUGUCACCUGAUGUGCUGGAAUUACCUCUGAGCCUGUUUUCCAUUCCAGCUUGGGACUCCAGACCCCUGCCUUGUUGAGCCGGACAUGCCAGUCUGCUGAAA